GCUGCGUGUGACCUUCAGUCGCUAGUGUUACUUCGUUUGCUAUGGCUAUUAGGCCACUUCAUACCCCAAAGAUAAUCAAGAAGCAUCGCAAAAAUUGGCGUCGGCAUCAAAGUGACCUGUUCAAGCGUCUGGGAGAUAAAUGGCGCAAGCCUAAGGGCAUUGACAACAGAGUGAGGCGUCGCUUUAAAGGCCAAGUCCGUAUGCCCAAAAUUGGUUAUGGCAGUGCGAAACGAACAAAACAUAUUCAUCCGGAUGGUUUCAAGCAUGUGCUGAUCCACAAUGUCAAGGUACAUUCUUUUGGUUUAAAAUCGAUUCUUAGGAGUUGGAGGUUUUAAUGAUGCAGCACAGGACCCAUGCGGCAGUAAUUGCACAUACGGUUGCGCGCAAAAACCGUGUCAAGAUUGUGGAGAGGGCUAAACAGUUAAGCAUCCGAUGCGUUAACCCGAAUAGUGGGUUACGAUCCACUGAAAAUGAAUGAUUCGUGUCGCUAAUAUAUGGCUGUUUACUACUUUUCACUUCAUAUGUUCUUCGGACCUGUUCUCAUUGAGCACUGCACUCCGUGCUCUUCGAGCUCCUGUCGGGGUCUACUACCUGGACAAGGUAUUUGUCUCGUUUACUCCCCUUUUGCCUAUUGGAGUAAUUGACUUAGUUUAGACUGCGUCCCCAACUGUUACAUUGGUUGUAGGAUUUUUUUUGUAGCCGUGCGUUUCUUGUCGGACACGGCGAGGCCGUAUUUAGCACUGACACUGCUCAUGGUAAGGUCCGUUCAAGUCAGUGCGAAGACUUGAUGUUUGUUAUCUUAACUGAUCUUGCUCACUUCGCGGACCAAAUUUAUCUCUACUCGUCUUUUAUAAAAAUCGAAUUACUGGAUGCCGCAGUAAAGUAGUCAAAGUUAUGGGAUCACAAUUUGAUUGCCAGCAAAUUUUAACUUACGACAUCAAGCGACCACGGGAUUACAGUGCAAACGUCCACUGUGUCCCUGACAUUGCAGUGUGCAGACAAGGCAAGAAACGCAGUACCAACAAGCUGUAAAAAACGACGUGACAUGCAUCUCCACCAUAGGAAGGAGUUAUGUAUUCCUAAAUCUGUUGGUUUCCUCCCUCCUGGCGACACUUAAAAAACGUGCUUGCGUAAAGAAGAUACGAAGACUGGACACUGGCGGUUUUGUACCAUUCGUAUGUAAAGCGGAUGGCUUGUCUAGGCUUGUUUACAAUGGAAAGCGGUAGGUUGAGUAUACCUGAAUAAAGGGUCUCAACGUAGUUAAUCCUUCUGACCUCUGCACUAGCUACGUCGAAUGACUUCCUGGAACACCAGGUCCGGACUGGACAUAAGAGCAAAGAUUUUCCGGAAUACCUUAGUGCCUUUCCAGGAUCUAGUAAGGUGACACGAUAAAAUGCUAUAUAAGAAGCAUUCAUAUCUAAAUUUAUCGACACUGUUUUCGGAACUGCACGAAGAUCAAUGGUUGUUGUAUCAAAUAGCCUGUGUCCGAUACGAUAUCUUGCUCUUAUUAUUUUGGGUGUCUGAAGGAAUAAGAAAGUAUUAACGUCGAAGUGCCGAGGUCUCUGGUGCGCGAAAUUGAACACUCUAGGCGAAGGCAUGUUUCGUCUGUGUAUGUACAUCUGACCUGUUGCAUAUUUCGGCACUUCAUUGGGUAGUAUAUAGCAGGCGGGCGAUCGUUUCAUCCUUUCUCGUUCAUUACUGUGAUGCUCGCGUCAUUGCGCAACAGUAACUUCGGAGAGGUCGUAGUCGUUUGAAGAAAUCCACCGUCUGUGCAUCAGCGACGGACCGCGGUAACCGAUUCCAGUCAUUCACAACGCGCGUGGAUAGAGCAAGGAUGGACCGUAAUUGAGCGUCCUUGUUUUGCAUCUUUUCUGUCGGUGGCAUCUAGUCAAACACCCAACGAUGCGAUGGAAGAAUUCCCGCAACUCUCUCCCUAGCUCUCCGCUGAGGAUACGUCGGGUAAAAAUCAAUUCCCCGCGACAGCGACAGUAAUCGGUAGAAAACGUUCAAAUGUCGAAGCCGAAAGAGAUAAGGCAGGUCAGGUGACUCAGAGACAACUUCGAUCUGCGCCGUUGAACCUUUUCAAUCAUUUCACGCUCAAUUUUAGUAACCGAGUUGGAAUCGGACGCACAUGCGAGGUGAACAAGAGUCCAAAGAGUUCCGGUGUCAUGCGGCGAAAUGCUCUUCGGAUGACUUGCAACAUUCUGUAGGCAGCGGCAACCCUCUUCAUGGUGUCCUGAGUGGAUCUUAAGUCUGGGGAGACCUUUACGCCAAGAUCUGUCUCUGAACUGACAUCUAAAGCAAAAAACCACCUGUGGUAAGCGUCGAAUGGUUCGGGAGCGCCAAUUAUCAGGACAGAACACUUAUCUUGAUUAAUGGGUAAGCGCCACUGAAUCGACCGAUUCUGUAAAAGAUCAAGCGUCUCUUGUAAUCAGUCAGCAUCUUCUAAAGAUUAUACCUUCGAUAUCUUUAGAUUAUUCGCGUAAAUCAAGCAAUCCAAAUAAAGCUAAAACGGCAAAUCGUUGAUGAGUAUGUUGAAGAGCACAGAGCCCUGUGGGGCACGGCUGGUCAAAUGUACAAGAUCGGAAUACAUUUCGUUCACUUGCACCAGCGUGGAGCGAUUGUUCAGGAGAUCGGAAAUCCAAGUAAGUUUCCAGUUACGCCGGUUCGUUGGAGUUCAUUGAGUUGUAGAGAGCAGGAGGGAAAUCCCUUGUCAGCCCCAUCGAUUCCGUAUCAUACUGGGUUCGAUGCGUGUCGUUGCAUUACGACGUUCCUCGAGAGUUCGUCGAGAUUGCAGUGACAGCCGCAAGAUUCCAGCAUUCUCAGCGAAUGUUUGUCUAGCAGCCGCUUGAAGCUUUCAUCGGAUAGCGGGUCUGCAAUUUCUUCCGACAGGCUGUUCCACUCAUUCACCACUAGUGGAUAGGGUGACGUCCAUGUAAAUUCUGUGUCUUCUUUACUUAACUAGUUUCCAUAUGUGACCUCGUGCGGAACAGUCAGUGUUGGGUCGGAAGAAUUGUUGUAACUCCAAGUUGUAACUUCCAAGUUCCUCUCAGAGGAUGCAUCUAGUUAGAUGAGAUCACCCCGGCAACGGUGGAGCUCAAGGGAGAACAGAUUUAGCUGCUGGAGUCGAAUGAGGUACGGAAAAUCACGUUGCCCCAGAACAGCUUUCGAUGCACGUCUCUGAACCUUUUCCAGCAGUGCGCAUUCAAAGCGGGUGGAUAGAUGGUAGGCCAUAUUCUAGGACUGGACGGACGUACGAAGGGAACAAAAGUCGAAAAAUAUCAGGAGUCAUUCGAGCGAAUCAACUCCUUAAGGCACCCACCAGUCUCCUUCCAGUAGUCACAUUCAACGUGUCCUGAAUCGUUCUAAGGUCAGAAGUCACGAUAACCCCGAAAUCUCUCUCGUGCGUGGUAUUCCUGAGGAGAAACCCACCAUUGUGGCAUGCACCGUACGGUUCAGUGCUACCCAUUGGGAGAACAGCGCAUUUAUCUUGGUUUACUGGCAAUUCCCACUUGAUGGGCCAUACGUGUUGCUGGUCUAAAGCCCCUUGUAAUCUGUCCGCAUCCUCAAAGCUGAAUACUGUUGACCAUAGCUUGAGGUCAUCGGCGAUUCGAAGUGCAGUCGGCAGAUUGUUAAUGUCCAGUUUGAAGAGCUCUGGUUCAGUUUACUUCAGAUGGGACUGGAACCAUAGGAGAAUCCCGUGAGUGUUCCAUCUUGAGUGGAUCGUUGAGCCAGGAAUUGAUAAAGUGCUCAGUUCUUGAUGGAUCUAAAACGGAACACCCGUAUCGCACCUUGGCCAACCAGUUAAUGCCCACGUUUCCUGCCCUAGCAGUCCUUGCUGUGGCAGUCACGUGAAGUAAGCAAAGGAUAAGAAGAGAAAUCGAAGGUACAGAAUAAGGAAGCGCAUGUAACUAAGAAAAUAAUACCAAUGCGUG